GUGUCCCUCCGCGGCGCUGAGCGGUGGCGCGGCCCGAGAGCGGCCCAUGGACCGGCACAAAGUGAAGCGGCAGCGGCUGGACAGGAUUUGCGAAGGCAUACGGCCUCCUAUCGUGAAUGGCCCAAUGCCAACACGGCCACUGGUUGCACUCCUGGAUGGACGAGAUUGCACUGUGGAGAUGCCCAUCUUGAAGGAUGUUGCUACAGUGGCAUUUUGUGAUGCUCAGUCAACUCAGGAAAUCCAUGAAAAGGUGCUGAAUGAGGCAGUAGGAGCUCUGAUGUAUCACACCAUUACCCUUUCUCGUCAGGAUCUGGAGAAGUUCAAAGCCCUCAGGGUCAUUGUGCGCAUUGGCAGUGGUUAUGACAAUGUUGACAUCAAAUCUGCUGCAGAAUUAGGCAUUGCAGUUUGCAACAUCCCUUCCUCUUCAGUAGAGGAGACUGCUGACUCUACCCUCUGCCACAUCUUGAACCUCUAUCGCCGUGUUACUUGGCUACAUCAGGCUAUGAGGGAAGGGAAUCGAGCCUCAAGUGUAGAACAGAUUCGAGAGGUGGCUGGUGGUGCUGUGCGUAUCCGUGGGGAGACUUUGGGCAUCAUUGGACUAGGCCGAGUUGGACAGGCAGUGGCUCUGCGAGCCAAGUCCUUUGGCUUCAACGUGAUUUUCUAUGAUCCCUAUCUGCCGGAUGGAGUGGAGCGAUCCUUGGGUUUACAACGAGUAGGAACCCUGCAGGAUCUACUAAUGCACAGCGAUUGCAUCACAUUGCACUGCAGCCUGAAUGAACAUAACCAUCACCUCAUCAAUGACUUCACUAUUAAACAGAUGCGCCAGGGCUGCUUCUUAGUGAACACAGCCCGGGGAGGGCUGAUAGAUGAGAAGGCCUUAGCACAAGCCUUGAAAGAGGGGAGAAUCAGAGGAACGGCAUUGGAUGUGCACGAGUCUGAGCCUUUCAGCUUUGCUCAGGGUCCCUUAAAAGAUGCUCCUAAUGUGAUUUGCACCCCUCAUACUGCCUGGUACAGUGAGCAGGCAUCCAUUGAAUCCAGAGAAGAUGCAGCUAAAGAGAUCCGCAGAGCUAUUACAGGUCACAUACCUGAUGCUUUGAGGAACUGUGUUAAUAAGGAGUACUUGCUGCUAGCAGCUCAGUGGUCCAGUAUUGAUCCUGCAACUGUUCACCCAGAACUCAAUGGAGCUGCAGCUUACAGGUUUCCUCCAGGAGUAGUGGGAGUAGCCACCCCUGCGCUGCCAGAACCGCCAGUAGUGGAAGGGAUUGUAGCUCAUGGGAUCCCUCCUGUUUCCCACCCUGCACCGCGUACCCCUUCCCCAGGAGAGACAAGCAAACUCGAUGCAGAGAGAGAGAUUCCUGCUGACCAAUAGCAGCAUCUUUCCUUUCAUCUCACAGCAGAUAAAAGUAGGAAGGCAUCUCUUCCUAGGACCUUCUUUAACACCCUACAGAGACUGUUUCCUGUUCAUGCAGGAUGGGAGAAUGCAUUUCAUUACUGGCAAACUUUAGCUCUUGCCUUUAUUUUUUAACCCUUUAGUUUUAAUCCCUCAAUCUUUUCCCUUCCCUGGGGCAGGGCAGCAGUGACCUUGCCUCCUCUUGGAAACACUUAGUUUAACAAAUGAAUUUUCCCAUAUAUCUACCCUAGUUGUCUGUGACAGGGAACUGGCCUUGUGGGGUCAAACACUGAAGUGGAGCUGUCUGAUCAGGAGUGGCCCUCAAGGUUCCCAACACCAGAGUUCAGUGCACACCUUUCAGUUGUGACUUGUAGCUUAAGUUUAAUUUGGUUAAACCUCUUGAGUGUAGCCAUGGGGAAUACUAGGAAAAUACUAGUGAACUGGAGAAGUUGUGACUACUGUCUUUAUUAUGCCCUUGGUAGAAUGCGGUCUAGGCUCAGCUGUGUGUGUUACUUUGCUUGUUUUAAUUAAGGUUUCCUGUGAGAACAGGCAUUGCUCAGUGUUGACCAUACAAAGUUCAGUCUGUGCAGUACCGGCCUGAGGUUAAAAGUAACAGUCUCAAAGCCAGCCCUGUAAAUAAUUUGGAAGGGAUUAAACUGUCAUCAGAUA